UACAGUUCCAUGGAGAGCUCAGGCUAAUAAACAGUAUCAGUACCAGUGAAGCCUGGGAUCAGAGCAAAGAGAAGGGUGGAAGUGUUGGCAAGUUAACAACGACCAUGGGCAGGCGACCUCAUGUGCUGAUUAUACCACUCCCAGCGCAAGGACAUGUUGCUCCUCUUAUGAAGCUUGCACACCGGAUUUCUGAUCAUGGGAUCAAGGUCACCUUUGUUAACUCUGACUUCAUACAAGCAAAACUGCUGGCUGCACUCCCACAUGAGGCUGAGGCUUGGAGUGGGAUAGGGCUAGCCUCUAUCCCAGAUGGUCUGGAUCCAGGGGACGAUCGGAAAGAUCUACCCAAGUUAACAGAAAGCAUUUCAAGAGUCAUGCCGAGCCAUUUGAAGGAUCUGAUUGAGAAAGUUAACCACUCGAAUGAUGAUGAGCAGAUCAUUUGUGUUGUUGCUGACAUAACACUUGGGUGGUGGGCAAUGGAGGUGGCAGAGAAGAUGGGAAUCCUGGGGGUCCCCUUUUUUCCUGCUGGACCAGAAAUCUUGGCUUUGGCCCUUCACAUUCCCAAGCUAAUUGAGGCAAGAAUCAUACGUAGCACUGACGGAUCUCCUCUGAAUGACGAGUUGAUCUGCCUGUCAAAGGAUAUCCCAGUCUUUAGCAGCAGCACAUUGCCCUGGUGCUGCCCAAUUGAUCCAAAGAUGCAAGAGACCAUUUUCCGAACUCUUCUCAUAAUUAUUCAAAAAAUGGAUUUUUCCAGAUGGCUUCUUAGCAACUCUGUUUACGAACUUGACUCAUCUGCCUGUGAGUUGAUUCCUAACAUAUUAUCAAUAGGUCCAUUACUUGCAAGUCAUCAUCUGGGUCAUUUUGCUGGAAACUUUUGGCCUGAGGAUUCGACCUGCAUAGGCUGGCUCGAUAAACAACCUGCUGGCUCAGUCAUUUAUGUUGCCUUUGGCAGCUUAGCAAUCUUCAACCAGCGCCAAUUCAAUGAACUAGCACUUGGUCUCGAACUUGUAGGCCGGCCAUUUUUAUGGGUUGUCCGAUCAGACUUCACCGAUGGAUCAGCUGCUGAAUACCCAGAUGGUUUCAUAGAAAGAGUAGCUGACCAUGGAAAGAUUGUUUCGUGGGCACCCCAAGAAGAGGUUUUAGCUCACCCUUCUGUUGCAUGUUUCUUUUCCCAUUGUGGUUGGAACUCAACCAUGGACAGCAUAAGCAUGGGAGUUCCCUUCCUAUGCUGGCCCUACUUCGCAGAUCAAUUCCAGAACCAGAGUUACAUAUGCGAGAAAUGGAAGGUGGGCUUGGGGUUGAACCCAGAUGAAAAUGGAUUCGUAUCAAGGCAUGAGAUUAAGAUGAAGAUUGAAAAGUUGGUCUCUGAUGAUGGUAUAAAAGCAAAUGCAGAGAAGUUGAAGGAAAUGGCUAGAAAGAGUGUAAGCGAAGGCGGAUCUUCUUACAAGAAUUUCAAAACCUUUAUUGAAGCAAUGAAACAAUGAAGAUGCUUCCCAC